CACACACACACACACACUCUCUCUCUCUCUCUCUCUGAUCGUCUGGUGGUCACGUGACCCAGCGCAGCGGCCCAGACAGCAUCAGAAGCAGAGACCGCAGCGCUACACACACACACCUCUACAGGAAUCCCCGACGCUGAUUGGCCGGCGGCUCCUCUGAAGCGAUGACGUCACGGGCGGAGCGCAGCUGACGCGCAGGAGAAUCCCGUGCGUGCGCGCCGCCGCUGCCAUGAGCGUGCGCAGAGGAGCGUUCCGUCCGUCGAUGACGUCACCCCCCAGGAGCGGGCGCGCGCCGGCCGCGAUGACGUCAUGAGGGGGCUACAUCUCGGAGGAGAACGUUUUCUGUGAAUUCUUAGCCUCCAGAUUUCCCGGGAAAGGCACGUGACUUAAUUUAUGUGCCUUGUUGCUAGUUUUAUGCAGUACUUUUGGGCCGGAAGUGUUUGUGAAGCAGCGGGAACCCCAAGGACCCGCCGGUGAGCCGGGUGACUCUGGCAUGUUUGCGGCGGUGGAGCUUGGGCCCGUCCUCUGCAGCGACUCCAGCAUCCUGUGCCUGUCCUGGAAGGGCCGCGUGCCCCGCAGCGAGAAGGAGAAGCCCGUGUGCAGGAGGCGCUGCUGUGAGGAGGGCUGGCUGGCCGCGGGGAACGGCCGGGGAGUCGUGGGCGUCACCUUCACCUGCAGCCACGGCAGGAGAGACCGGCCCUCCCCGCAGCGCAUCAACUUCAACCUCCGGGGACACAACAGUGAGGUGGUGUUGGUGCGCUGGAACGAGCCCUUCCAGAAGCUGGCGACCUGCGACACCGACGGCGGGAUCUUCGUCUGGAUCCAGUAUGAGGGCCGCUGGUCAGUGGAGCUGGUCAAUGACCGCGGAGCUCAGGUGAGCGACUUCACCUGGUCUCACGACGGCAUGCAGGCGCUGAUCUCGUACCGCGACGGCUUCGUGCUGGUGGGCUCGGUGAGCGGUCAGCGCCACUGGUCCUCGGAGAUCAACCUGGAGAGUCAGAUCACCUGUGGGAUCUGGACCCCCGACGACCAGCAGGUGUUGUUUGGCACAGCGGACGGGCAGGUGAUCGUCAUGGACUGUCACGGCCGGAUGCUGGCUCAUAUACUGCUGCACGAGGCGGAGGGCAUCGCUAGCAUGGCCUGGAAUUACCCCAGCUUUCUGCUGGAGGACAGCAGCGAGAGCGACACGGACUCGGACGAUUACACGCCUCUGCAGGUGCACCGUCUGAAGCCGCUGUUGACCGUCUGCUUCACGUCUGGAGACGUCAGUUUGAUGAGCAACUACGAUGACCUCUCGCCCACGUUAAUACGCACCGGCCUCAAAGAUGUGGUGGUGCAGUGGUGCUCUCAGGGCGACCUGCUGGCUGUUGCUGGGAUGGAGAGACUCGUGAUGACCUCUGACCCCACCCGAAACGCCAUUGUUAAGUUUUACAAUGUUUGCGGUGAACACAUUUACUCACUGGAGACACCAGCUCAGAGGCCGAUCAGUGCGCUGUGCUGGGGCCAUCGGGACUCGCGUCUGUUCCUCGCCAGCGGCCCGGCGCUGUACGUGCUUCGCGUCGAGCAUCGGGUCGCCAGCCUGCAGCUGCUGUGCCGACAGGUGAUCGCCAGCGCGGUACACGAGGAGAAAGACGUGGCCAAGCUCAGCAUGCCCUCUCGCCUGAGCACAAGCGUGUCUUCUGCCUUCACUUCUACCGUUAAGCCCCCCAUCCCGGAUCCCAACAACAUGCGGGACUUUGUUAGUUAUCCGACAUCAGGUAACGAGCGUCUGCACUGCACCAUGAAGCGCACCGAGGACAACCCUGAGGUCGGCGGCCCUUGCUACACCUUGUACCUGGAGUAUCUGGGGGGGCUUGUGCCUAUUCUGAAAGGCCGUAGGAUUAGCAAACUUCGCCCUGAAUUUGUCAUCAUGGACCCAAAGACUGAUGGGAAAACAGAUGAAGUCUAUGGAAACAGCUUCUUCCCCUCUGUGAUUGACAGCUGCAAUUGCUCAGACUCUAGUGACAUUGAGCUCAAUGAUGACUGGGUUGGAAAGAAAUCGCCAAAGAUCUCCAGAGGGAGCAAGUCUCCUAAACUUCCCAGAGACUUAGUGUGUCCCUUUACCAACAGGAUAAAUAUAGAUCCCCGUAAGUCCCCCAAGCUCUCCCGCACCGCACAGGAAAUAUCGCGAUCGCCUCGGUUACCCAUUCGCAAGCCCUCCAUUGGCUCUCCGAGUCUGACUCGGCGGGAGUCUCCGCUCGAUGACAUCACACAGCACAAUUAUCUUGCGCAAGUUACAUCUAACAUAUGGGGAACAAAGUUCAAAAUUGUGGGGCUUGCAGCAUUUUUGCCAACAAAUCUUGGAGCAGUUAUCUACAAGACAAGUCUGCUUCACCUCCAGCCCAGACAGAUGACCAUCUACCUCCCUGAGGUGAGGAAGAUCUCAGUGGAAUACAUUAACUUACCUAUGUUUAGUCCUAAUGUCUUCAGUGAGGAUGAGGACGACCUGCCUGUCACAGGAGCAUCAGGAAUCACUGAUGAUAAUUCACCUUGCACUGUCAACAUACCCAUCGCCCCCAUACACAGCCCCGCGCAAGCCAUGUCCCCAACCCAGAGUAUUGGCCUUGUCCAAUCCCUAUUAGCCAAUCAAAAUGUCCAGUUGGAUGUGUUGUCCAAUCCAACAUCGACUGUGGCACCACCUGGGAUGUCUGACCAAGGACAGCAGGACACUGUGCUCACUGCGCAGUACACCGUUCCUGCCAGGUAUUCUAGUCCUGGACAGGUAAUCUUUGGGGGUAUGGAGGUUGGUCGGAUUUUAGUUGCGCAAUCCCAACAACAGCAGCAGCAGCAGCAACAACAACAGCAGCUGCAACAACAUUAUCAACAGCAGCAGCAGCAUCAACAGCUACAGCAACAGCUUCAACAAUAUCAGCUGCAGCAGCAACAGCUGUUGCAGCAUCAGCACAUGCAGCAACAGCAGCAGCAACACAUGCAACAGCAGAUACAGCAGAUGCAGCAGCAACAGCAAAUGCAGCAACAGCUUCAGCAUCAAAUCCAACAGCAGCAUCUGCAAAUGCAACUGCAGCUGCAGCACCAGCAAAUGCAGCAGCAGUUGCAACAGCAGCAUCAGAUCCAAAUCCCUGUUCCAGCUUUGCCCUCAGGUCAACCGUCAUGCCCGGUCAUUCAGCUUCCGCAGAGUACCAUCCCGGACAUUCCCCCAACAGCAGUGCACGGCGCAGAGCAUGAGCUCCUGCUUAAAAUUAAAACGAGUCGUUCUGCCCCACAACUGGCUGAGGGUGAUGCAGUAGUUUUUACUGCCCCUCUUGAGAUUAGUAAGAUGAAUCCUCCCCCUCCUUACCCGGGCACAGUUUCCGCUGCCAUGGCCACAGUUUCCGCUGCGGUUUCUACAAGUUGCACCUCGGGAAGCAGCUCCAGCACUUCAUCCUCAGGGGAAGCUUGUGUAAAGAAAGGGGAUCUAACCUUGUAUCCACCUGGAGCACAGGCAGCUCAGUACCCAACCCCACUGGGCUACGAACGAAUCACCACAUUUGACAGCAGCGGAAAUGUGGAGGAGGUGUGCCGUCCCCGCACGCGGAUCGUUUGCAACCAGAACGUUUACACACUGCAAGGCCCGGGAAGCUCUGCCACCCUCAGGGUCUCAUCAUCUUCCUCUGCUGUAGAGGGGACGAAGGUGCAGUUGCCCUACACCUCAGCCACGUUGAACCGUCUCACUGUGCCAAGGUACUCUAUACCCAGCGGGGACCCGCCCCCUUACCCUGAUACAGCCAAUCAGGGUGGAGCGGGGCGGAACCCUGGCCAGAGAUUGGACAGCAGCUUGAUUCACGCUACCUUGAGGCGGAACAGUCGGGAAGCUGCGCUGAAGGUUUCUCAGAUCCUGGAUCCCCAAAGAACCCUACCCUCCAAGGCCAAAGCCAGUGCUUUGUCUGCUUCCUACCAGCCGAGAGGGCCGACGGCUCUUUAUACAUGCAGUCAGUGCAGUAAUAAUGGUGGGGCCGCCAGCAGUGGGAGUAACGGAAUAGCUGGGGGGUCAAUCAUUAGGCAAGAUUUCCCACUGACCGGAGGUGGUGCACCUCACAGCACUGUUAUAGUGCACUCAAACAGUGCCUCGCCUCUUACUUCCCAAUCUUCCUACAGCCUACUCGGUAUGGACGGAACCGGUGGAGUGUCUAGUGCAGGUGGAAACAGGGAAAGGGCUGACUAUAUCAACUCCGCCUUUACAGAGGACGAGGCUUUAAAUCAGUCUCUGAGGCAAAUGGCUCUUAAUACGGAGGUAGUGAGUUUGACAGUCAAACGGCCACCACCGUAUCUAUGGGGUCCAUCUGCUACUGAAGAGAUCUGGGUUCCACAAGAGCGUACUGCUACUCUGCCCACCUCUGGACCUCCUGCAUCCCACAAACCUCACCCACUCAUCCUCAGCCCUGCACCGCAUCUGGACAUCUCCCGUCUUCCGUUUGUCCUCUCGCCUAAAUCUCAGAUGAGUCCUAACGCUUCAACUUUCCAACUGGCGGGAGCAUACCAGAUUGCUCUGCCCUAUCCACCAAGUGCGGCCUACAGUGGUUCCGUGCAAGCUUCUCCACAUGCCACCUCUCCCAAAGAAGUGGUUACUCCUCUUCCCUUUUCCCAGCAGGACCAAGCAGUGGUCUUGCCACCCGGUUAUUCUCCCAAUCUUGCUUGCUGCCCUCUCCCACCAAUGUACCCUGGGACAGCUUCUUGUUCGAAUCUGCCUGUGACUCCCAUUCCGCUUCAUCCGUGGGGUUCUUACAGUCCCUGUCCACCCAUGCCAAGCCCCCCAGGUCCUGCUCCAUCCCUUCCACCAAAGACCUCGCACUUGCUGGAUAAGCCUGUUCUUUCUCCUCCCCCUCAAUCACCCCCUCUGCCUACGCCUCCUCCAGACCUCCAGAGUCCCCCAGUGAUGCAGUUCGGAAGGAUCGAUGGGAACGCAUACAUCCUGGACUUUCAGUACCCCUUCUCAGCUGUGCAAGCUUUCGCUGUAGCACUUGCUAAUGUCACCCAGCGCCUCAAGUGA